AGUUGCGCAUAGCGGCGGAAGUCCAAAGCUGCUGUGUAAUUGUAGAGUUUAGCAGUCCUGAUUGUUCGUGACCAGACAGUUUGUUCACACGUUAGACAUGCCGGACUAUCUGGGAGACGACCAAAGGAAGAUUAAGGAAGAGGAGAAGGGUGACUCCCCUAUUAGAGCUUUGGAUGAAGGGGACAUCGCUCUGCUCAAAACAUAUGGUCAGAGUACCUAUUCCAGGCAGAUCAAACAAGUGGAAGAUGACAUUCAGCAGCUGCUCAAGAAGAUAAACGAGCUGACGGGGAUCAAGGAGUCUGACACAGGCCUGGCUCCACCGGCUCUCUGGGAUCUAGCUGCUGACAAGCAGACACUGCAGAGCGAGCAGCCGCUGCAGGUAGCAAGAUGCACAAAGAUCAUCAAUGCAGACUCUGAGGAUCCCAAAUACAUCAUCAACGUCAAACAGUUUGCCAAGUUUGUGGUGGACCUGAGUGACCAGGUGGCUCCAACUGACAUCGAGGAGGGCAUGAGAGUGGGGGUUGACAGAAACAAGUAUCAGAUCCACAUUCCUCUGCCUCCGAAAAUCGACCCCACUGUCACCAUGAUGCAGGUGGAAGAGAAGCCUGAUGUGACCUACAGUGAUGUUGGUGGAUGCAAGGAGCAGAUUGAGAAGCUAAGAGAGGUGGUUGAAACUCCGCUGCUCCAUCCUGAGAGGUUUGUCAAUCUGGGAAUUGAGCCUCCUAAAGGUGUGCUGCUAUUCGGGCCCCGAACCGGAAAGACCCUGUGUGCCCGGGCUGUGGCCAACAGAACAGACGCCUGCUUCAUCAGAGUCAUCGGCUCCGAGCUGGUGCAGAAAUACGUGGGAGAGGGCGCCAGGAUGGUGCGUGAGCUCUUUGAGAUGGCCAGGACCAAAAAGGCCUGUCUGAUCUUCUUUGAUGAAAUUGAUGCUAUUGGAGGUGCUCGUUUUGAUGACGGCGCCGGUGGAGACAACGAGGUCCAAAGGACCAUGCUGGAGCUCAUCAAUCAGCUGGAUGGUUUCGACCCUCGAGGCAACAUCAAAGUGCUGAUGGCCACCAACAGGCCGGACACGCUGGACCCGGCCCUGAUGAGGCCCGGACGUCUGGAUAGGAAGAUCGAGUUCAGCCUGCCUGACCUUGAGGGUCGCACCCACAUCUUCAAGAUCCAUGCCCGCUCUAUGAGUGUGGAGAGAGACAUCCGCUUUGAGCUGCUGGCUCGCCUCUGUCCCAACAGCACCGGUGCCGAGAUCCGCAGCGUGUGCACCGAGGCAGGAAUGUUUGCCAUCAGGGCCCGCAGGAAGAUCGCCACAGAGAAAGAUUUCCUGGAAGCCGUUAACAAGGUCAUCAAAUCAUACGCCAAGUUCAGCGCCACUCCCAGAUACAUGACCUACAACUGAGAGUGUGCUUGUGUCUGAUUUGGCUUUGUCAAAAAAAAGAGAGUCAAAAGGAUUUUGUUUUGUUGUUAUUGUUGUUCACUAAAAAAUAAAAGUUAUUCCAGA